AUGGCUCAAGGUGGUUUAGGUAUUAAAAACCCUCAUCAAUUUAAUAUAGCACUUCUCACUAAACUAGCCAGCAGAUUAAUAUUAGAAAAAGACCAACUAUGGGCAAAAAUUCUCAAAGCGAAAUAUUUUCCAAAUUCUCAUCCUCUAGAAGCUUCUAAAGUUUCUAAAUUAUCGUGGAUUUGGACAAGCAUCCGAAAAGGUCUAGAUUUAAUUAAAGGAAACUUUGUCUGGCAAGUUAAAAAUGGAAACUCGGUUAAAAUAUGGGAAGAUAAAUGGAUUCCAAAUUCGGAAGUAAUACCGCAACCACAAGAUUCGCAGGCCACAGUUCCAAAAAGAGUUCAAGAGCUCAUAACUGAAGAGAAUAAAUGGGAUCAAGAAAAACUAGACAGUUACUUUAGCCCGAAGGCAAUUCUAAGAAUUAAACUGUUUGUGUGGAAGCUAGCUGGAAAAGCUUUGCCUACAUCUUCGAGACUAGGGGCACAUAACCCGGAAAUUGAACCAAACUGUCAACUCUGCAAUUCUCAAGUUCAGGAAACCGAGAAUCACUUAUUCGGAUCUUGCCCUUUCGCCAAAGCCAUUUGGUUCAGUUUUUCGCUAGGAAACUUAACUUCUUCAGCUAAUACAGAUCCAAUUACUUCAUGGGUUAAAGGGUGGCUUGUAUACCCAGAUUUGGAUAAUUUGGUAGGAAAAAUCUCGACCAUAUUAUGGUUCAUCUGGAAAUAUAGAUGCUCGGUGGUCUUUGAAAAUAUAAUCCCAAAUCCAAUGCAACUAAUUGAUCAGAUCAACAGAUUUUUGCAAUCCAUCCCUCAAAAGGAUAAAACAAAGGGACUGGAUACCAAUCACUUAAUGAUGAUCAAUACCAGAUGGUCAGAUAUAAACACUGACUGGAUAGUAUAUAUUUAUGCUUCUUUCAAGGAAGAAGACCUUUCAAUGGGAUACGCUCAUAUCGUCUAUUCAGUAGAUCACCAUACAUUUAUGCACAUUUCAGCGGGUUCGGAGACAACUACUUCGGCUUUUCAUGCGGAAGCGAAAUCUUUACAAAAAGCGGUCAUCUGGCUAAGAGACAAUGUCUUGUCUAGCGUUUCAAUAGUAACUGAUUGUAAAGUCUUGGCAGACAGCAUCAACAAGGACAACACAAAUCUCUCAUGGACAGUCGAAAACAUCGUUAAAGAAGCAAAGACAAUUUUAAGAGAUCUUCCUCAAGCUCAGGUAAAGUUUACAAAUAGAAAAUAUAAUUCAGCAGCGGACCUAAUUUCCAAGGAAGCAAGAAUAAAGAUCCUUCAACAUAUGUCUACGAAAUUCAAACAAAAAAUUAAGCAUUCUAGCAUUAUCUCUAAUGUAUUUGAUAGAAACGAAAUUGUAAAUCUUCUGUACUAUAUUUGCUAG